GCUUGUUAAUCUAUUUAUUAUAUUCACCUAAUCAUCAAACACUCUUCCCUGUAAAGGACUUGCACCAAAUUAAAAGCAGAGUCCAACAAUUGAAACAAAUUCCUCCCAAAAAAUUGCAACAUUUACCAGAAAAUCUCAGAGAAUAUGUCAAACUAAUGCUAAACACAACUCCAGAAAUGAGACCAGAUGCCCAUCAAUUUUCGAAAAUCUCGUAUUUCGAGGAUAUUGGGGUGAAAACCCUGGCUUACUUAGACUCCCUUCUACAGUGGGAUAAUCUACAGAAAUCUCAAUUCUACCGUGGUCUGCCUGAAGCUCUAGGAAAGCUUCCACAAAGAGUAAAACUUCAGCAAGUUCUUCCCUGUUUGGUAAGGGACUUGGCACAACCUGCGAUGGUUCCUUUUCUUUUACCCAGUAUUCUGGACAUUGCUCAGGAGUGCAGUCAAAAGGAAUAUGUCUCCCAAAUUUUACCUCAUCUCAAACCCGUCAUGAAGCUAACAAAUCCAAUUCAGAUUCUGCUAAUUUUUCUUCAACGAAUGGAACUCCUUUUAAAAUUAACACCUGCAGAAGACAUUCAGCAGCACGUCCUGCCGAUGUUUCAUCGAGGUUUGGACAGUGAUAAUCCUCAAAUUCAUCAAAUGUGUCUGUCGGUCCUGCCAACGUUCGCGGGCCUCCUCGACCAUGCCAACGUUAAAAACAGCGUCCUGCCCCGAAUUAAGCGUCUCUGUAUAUCGACGCCUUCAACACCUGUUCGUGUCAGCUGCCUCAUUUGUAUUGGACAACUGCUCGAGCACUUGGACAAGUGGUUGGUACUGGAUGAAAUUAUCCCUUUCUUACCCCAAGUACCAUCCAGAGAACCUGCUGUUUUAAUGGGCAUACUGGGAAUUUUAAAGCUAGCUUUAAACCAUAAAAAAUUGGGCAUUAGUAAAGAGAUAAUCGCUACGAGAAUUUUACCUUUCCUUAUACCCUUAUCCAUUGAAAACGGUCUUACCCUAGCUCAGUUUAAUGCUCUGGUAGCUCUCAUAAAACAAAUGUUCCAAAUGGUGGAGACAGAACACAGAACCAAACUUGAACAAUUAAAUACAGUAGAUGAACAGCAGAAAGUUCUCGAAAGUCAAUUACCAUCAAUUGUACCCCUAACUUCUAAACCUGUUGAAAUCGAUAAAGCAUUUUCCGGGUUAGGUUUGGAUGAUAUCAUGUCCAAUUCCUUAAGUUUGGAAGACAAGCAGAAGCUUGCAAAGCAAGAGGAAACUAUAAAAGUACUUCAAACUCAACCCCAAAUUCAACCAACACCUAUCUCUCAAACUAUGAGACCACCGUCCCAACAGACAACAAAAGAUUUAACUUCUUCCUUGUCCAACUUAGACACAAAAAUGUGGAACAACAUGAACUUAUUGGCCCAUUCUGUUAAAUCCAACACACCUCCCAGUAAUAAUUUUGGAAUUAGCCCACUUCCAAUUAUGGGUAGUCCUAUUUCUAAUCCUGCUCAUUCAAAUAAUCUAAUGCAAACUAGUUCUCUUCAAAAUCAGCCUAACUUUAAUCAAAAUUUGUGGAAUAAUAACGGCCUUACUGCAGCUAGUUCUUAUAAUAACCAACUUGCCUUACAAGGUCCUCCAAUGAUGACGAAUAUGAAUAAUUCCAAUCAAUGGACAACUUCUAGUCAAAAUUUAAAUCAAAAUUGGCGUCAACCCAACACAAAUGGUUCGAAUAAUAAAUUAUCAAACGAUGAUUUAAUGGAUCUUUUAAGUUAAUUUGCUUUUUUUGGGGCUUUCAUAGCUUUUUAAGUGUUUGUUACCAAUUCGUUUAUUUUAAUUAAUUAAUAUGCUUAUUUUUUUAUGCAAUCAAUUAUUUAUUUAUGUAAUGUUUAAA